AAGUCUGAAGAUGAGUUCCCAGAGGGGCAACGUGAAUCGAUCACGGGCACAAAAGCAUAAGAACGCGACGGUAUUUAAAAAUGACAAGUAUGACAGCAGCAGCCGGACCAAGAAAAUUAAUGCAAAGCUACAUGAUGGUGUCUGUCAGCACUGCAAGGAUGUGCUAGAAUGGCGUGUAAAGUUUAGCAAAUAUAAGCCCCUUUCUCAGCCUAAAAAAUGUGUGAAAUGUCUGCAGAAGACCGUGAAGGAUUCCUAUCAUAUUAUCUGCAAGCCAUGUGCCAUUCAGCACGAACUUUGUGCCAAAUGUGGAAAAAAGGAGGAGAUUGUUUUACCAAUUGGCACAGGACAAGAGGCUUCAAACAAUACAGCUAGCAAUCGAGAGAAUUUGAGUUGUGAUGAAGAAGAAGAAGAAGCGGGCAGUGAUUUAGAUUUUGACAUUGAUUUGGAAGCUUCUGAUGAUGAAUUCAAAGAAGGGAAGAAUAAAAAUAAAAAGCCUUCUAAAAAUAAGGCUCCAACUGGAAGCUAGCAUCUUUUAAUAGCUGUGACACUUAGAAGAUCUGACAAGAUGGCUCUUUUUGUGGACACUUACAUCAGCAAAAUAUCACUUUGGCAUCACAUAAUAAGUUAUUUGAAUCCUACAUACUCUUUAUAAGUGAUGCUUCUUUCAGCUAUUCUAAGAAACCCUUGGGCUUAUUUCCUUCUUCCUUAUUAAUGGUGCUAGCCACAGGUUAAAAAGGACAUUUUUAAAUAAACAUUUUGUACAGCU